AUGGCUGACUCUGAUGUCGAGCUGCCUCCAGACGUUUCCUCAACUGGAAAUGAGUCUGUAGAGGAUGAAGUUGAAUUACCCCCAGAUGUGGAGGAUGAUGAUGUGGUUCCAGAGGCUACUUCGGCGCAACAGCAUUGCAGCUGCAAGCUGAAAUGCUUCAGCAAGUUUGCCCAGGACAGUGUGGAGCUUCACAGGAAUUCGCAGCUGGCUGACCCCAACCGUAUGGCCAGUUCUUUUCACAAGAUCAAAGUCAUGGUUGAUCAACGUGCAAGCACAGAUGCAAAGAUUGCUUGGGCCAUUGGUGAGACGAAGGUUUGCCGUCCCUGGUGGGAACACUACCACGCCAUUGGCCACAAGCAGGUGGAUGAUUUGGUCAAACUGAGCAAAGCUGGUCAUAGUCAGCUUCCGGAGCGUGGUGCCCGGAUGCCGCGAGAGAAACUCAAGGCUGAUGCUGUCGAUGUUUGGUUCCUUGGGAUAUACCAGGGGUCCUCUGAGCCUUCACCACUGGAAGAUUCUGGGCCAAGUUCGGGCGACAGAUUGGAAGAGCUUGGUGACGAUUCUUUGCAGCAUGAAGUGGUGAACGGCAGCAGCCAUCCCCUUUAUGCCUUGAGUGUCCAGGUGGGAGAAGGUGUCAACAAGCAACAUCUGGUUCCAAAGCGCUUCUUGAAUGAAGCCAGCUUGGGCUCAUUGUGGGCUCUCUACAAACAUGAUGAGAAAAUUACAGAGAAGGUGUCACGCGACACGUUUACCAAGGCCUUCAACAAACACUGGAAGUCAGUCCUUUGCUUCAAACAUGACGGGCAAGGCACUCGCUGCAGCAUAUGUGCCACGAUGGAUGAAGAGCGACGGCGUGCCGUUUCCAAGGAGGAGCGGCAGGAAGUAGAGCUUCGAAAGCGAAGACACUAUGAAAGGCAUGAUGCUGAUCGCAGCAUGAAUGUGAGGAGCAAUAAAAUGUCAACGGACCCCUCCACCUUUCAGCUGGCCAAUGCUUCCACACGCGUGGUGAAGCUGAUGGUCGACGGGAUGGAUCAAGCAAAAUUCAGGACUCCACGAAACCUGGCUGCUUCUAGUUCUUUCUCCCAAGCCUAUCGACCAACUCUGCACCUAACAGGUGUGUUGAUCUUUGGUCUGAUGGAAGUGUACUUCCUGUUGAACCCGGACACGAAGAAGGAUGCGAACAUGAAUUGCUCCUGCAUCUCCAUCGCUUUGGAUCGCUGCCGAGCCCUACUGGAGAGCCUUGGGCCCAGUUACAGUUUGCCCAGGCAUGCCAUUUUGGCUGCGGACAACACGCCUAGAGAGGCGAAGAACCAGUUCUUCGGCACCUUCGCAGGAAGCCUGGUGCAGCGGAAGCAUUUCGAUAGCAUAGAAGUGCAGUUCAUGAUGUGUGGACAUACGAAGAAUGAGUUGGAUCAAAGGUUUUCGACUAUUGCCACUGUUCUUUCCAAGGCUCCGGUGUUGGAGACCCCUGAGCAUUUUGCGGAAUGCAUCAGAAAGAAUGUGCAACCGCUUCAUGGGAAAGAGCUGCAUGUCAUGGUGCUAGAUUCCACUUGGGAUUUCCAGGCCAUGUUCGAGAAGUACAACUGUCAGAUCAGCGGACUCACAUCCACCCAUCUCCAGCCAAAUGCCAACCACUUGUGGCGCUUCGAACGCCGCGAAUCUCUUGAGAGCAGCUUGGUGGUGGAGGUGAACAAUGUGAACUGGGCAGAUCUUCCACAGCACGAUGACGAUGUGAUCAUUUCAGUGAAGCAGUACAUGAGCAGCUCCAGCUUGUCUCAGAAACCGCAGCUAAUGUUGCCGCACUGUUUGGCUACCAAGAUUGACUUUGCUACUUCUUUGCAGCCUGCUGAUCGGAGAUGGUUAUCGGAGGAUAUGCUGAAAGAGUUUCGCAAGACCGCCCAGAUGGUUGGACGAGAACCCUGGAGAUUGUUCGAGGCGGAGCAAUGGCUGGAAACGUGGUGCACUGAGAAUGAGACUAAGGUGGUCAAGAUGCCACCCAAGCUUGAGAUGGUUUUGGAGUUUGGGACCGGUUUUGAAUUAGCUGCUUUGCCGGAUUUCUCCGACCUCUUCAUUCCGGAUGACCCAAUGCCAAGGGUAGUGAAGGUGGGAUCCAGAAAGGUUCUGAAGCGGCCUGCUGCUCGUCAGGCUUCUGGCAGUGUCAUGAAAAGGCCUGCCGCUGGCAUGAGACGCCCGGCUGCUGCUGGCCAUAAUCACGAUGGCGGUGAGCCUUCAGAGCAACCUGGUGAUGAUAAUGAUGAUGAUGGCGAUGAUGUUUCAGAGCAACCUGCCAUGAGACGCCCUGCUGCCGCUGACCAUGAUGAUCUUGAUCGUGGUGAGCCUUCAGCGAACGAAGCUGGUGAAGUGGCCAAUCCUCCAGUACCUGCCGAAGAAGCAGCAGAUGUGGCGUACAUCUAUGGUUGCACCAAAUGCCGCUAUGCGCAGCGAGGUUGCAAGCAGUGUCGUGACAAGGCAACUCGAAAGUACCGCGGGUAUCACUUCGAUGACGAUGGCAAUGUGAGACGUCGUUCCGUAGAUGUCUCGUAGCAGUCGUAGCAUUUUGCUGCGUGUCAUUUAAAGCGCCUAUUUUUGGCGAUGGUUUUCCAAGUUCAUCUCGAUGUCAAAAGAACACUGAUUUCAAGACGGC